CUUCAUUAAUUUUAAACUUGAAGGUAGAUUGAACUUAAAAGUAAUUAUGCCUGCCUUCAAUCAUUCUUUUACUAGAGGAAUUUCUUCGAGACACCGUCGUAACACGUGUUUUAACAAAAAAUGGACGAAGAAGAAGUGCUUGCUACGGUAUCGGAAGAACCGUAUCCAGUGCUCCUCAUUCCCAAAAAGUGUACGGUUUUGGAAACAAACUUGGAAGUUACCGGUAAAUUAAUCCUCGAUUUAAAUGUUACGUCGUUGGACGCAGAAGGGAACGUCAUGUGUAUUUACUCGGGCUACUGCAAUGUAAAACUCGUAGACAGUUAUAAUAUCAACGAAGAUUCAAAUUCUUCUGAUUCCAUCCAAAACGCUACUGUAAGUGAAAGCAAUCACAAUGACUCUUCUUACAACCAGUCACAAGUCUGGAUUGACCCAGCGAGGAGCCCAUAUGUAUAUAACAACUACAAUACAACAGAGGCCCAAGAGAAAUAUUCUAUUUAUCAAGAAUCACACUCAAGUCACAUAACGGUGGAACAGCAUAGCACAUACAUUACCCAGAAUGUAUUUAACUGCAACAAAUCCAUUCAAUAUGCAGCGCCAGAAGAGUUUGAGCACAAGAAGUUUAGAAAGAGUCAUUCGGUGGACACAAACAAUCAGACUAGUUAUGAAGAUGAUGAAUUACAGUGUGGUGUUUAUCUCUCCCAGCUUUCUGAUGAUAUAAUUACUGCUAAAGAGAAUAAAGCGAGGGAGGAACUGAAGUACAUAGAUAUUCAGAGUAACGAUAGUGCUCUAAGACAGUUAAUGUCCAAAGAUAUACAGUCAUUGUCGAAACAGCAACGGACUAUCUUGUACUUAGGACAUGAUUCACAGUUCGGUCAGACAAUACAGAAUAUAGCAAUCAAUGAUCCCUCGUUGGAAUGUACAGAUAGUGAUGUGGUCGUUGACACCACCAAUAAUAUAAUGAACAAAAAGUACCAGUGUGACAAAUGCAAGCAGAUAUUUGAUCAAAUAACAACAUUCAAACAGCACAUGGUUUCAAGCCAUAAGAGCCCUAAAGCCUCGACUAUUAAUGAUGAAGAUAAUAUAAAAUUCAAUUGCACUUAUUGUAAAAAGAAUUUGAAAACUCAAUCGAAAUUUGAACAACAUUGUUUGGGUCACGGCGAUCCAGAGCUAGAAUGUGGCAAGUGCCACAAGGUAUUCGCCUCAAAAUUCACUCUUCGUAACCACACCAAGAUUCACACUCGGAAACACGCCUGCCAUUACUGCAACAAGUCCUUUUCUGGCGACGUUGCGCUACAGGACCAUAUAAACAAAAAGCACUUUAAGUUCACGUGCAAUUACUGUGAAUAUACCACAGAGGAGUAUGAGGACUAUAAGGCUCAUAUUGGCUUGCAUAACGUGAGGAGUGACUCGGAGUGCAGUUUGGAUAGUGAUUGUGUGGUGGACUACAGAGUGGGGGAGAGGGAUGUAGCUGAAGCGAACUCCGUGAUACAGAAAGUGAUGUCCAAUAAGAUGUUCCUGGUACGGUCCAAGUGGAAUAAGAACACUAGAUGUCGAAAGGUGUGCGACGUGUGCAAGAAGAAAUUCGACCGUAUCAGCGAUCUCAAACGUCAUUUGAUCGAACAUGUCAUAAGGAGCACUCUAGCGAAGACGCCGGUUAAUAAAAAUGGCACCCUCACUAUCCUCUGUGAAGUUUGCCAAGCGGAAACGUUCACUAAAGUUGAUAAAUAUAAAGCUCAUUUACGCGAGCACGCCAAACUCACGCUAUACAAGUGCACCUUUUGCGAUAAAUCCUUCAGCGAUUCUAGCAACUUCUCGAAACACAAGAAAAUCCACGGCACCAUGUUCUUACAGUGCGACCUGUGCCAGCGCAAAUUUCACUCGAAGAAAAUGAUAGCGCAACAUAUGGAAUAUCACAAUAAGAAUACGCCGAUCCCUUGUUUCUAUUGCGAUAGAAGUUUCUAUUUCGAAUCUAUGCUAAAUAAACACAUAAGGUCCUAUCAUUCGAAGGAAAGUACUAGGUUUCGAUGUAGAUUCUGCUCGGACUACUUCGGGUCUCUGAAGGAUAAGUGGGAUCACGAGUGGAAGAUACACAACGUCAGAAAAAUUAUCGUCGAUUGUUUACUUUGCGGGUCGAAGUUUAGGAAGUAUUCGGAACUGAAACGUCAUUGCAAUGACCAACACUCGAUGGAGAUCCCGCCCGCUAAAUUGUUGAAUAAAAAGCAGUCGCCAUUUUACAUUAACGACUAGUUGUUUAAUGUUGUUAUUAGUUAUAAAUUUGGCAUGCCGUGACGCAUCGGGUAUUAUCGUAGCGUCGUGGAAUUUGUAAAAGUAAUUUAUUUUAGAGUUUACGUUGCAGUUAUAAAGACUGAUUUGAAAAAUCAAGUUCAUUUUUGUUGUUUUUGUUUUUAAAAUGCAAGCGGUGCAAUCAUUUUAUCAUCUCUUGUAGUAGCUAUAUAUUUAUUUAUUAUUGUUGUUUAAGUUUUUUAUUAAAUCUUUUCUUAUUCUCUUUUACAUUUGAUAAAGAUGGAUUUUUUACCUUUUUGUUUAUUUAUUUUGGUGGCGGUUUUGCAAAUGUAUUAAGACCAUAGGCUAGUUUUUUUUUUCUUGUUAAAUUAUUGAAAAUAAGGUUGUUCAUUAGAUUUUAAGUUAUUUUUGUUCCUUAUUUAUUUUAGGCUUCAUUUAAAAAAAUUGUCAUUAGGUACUAAGGUAUCUUGUUGGUUAAAAUAUUAUAAAACUCGGAAUUGAA